AUGACAGAGAAGCCUCAUGAACGAUCUGAAGUAGCGGAAAAGAAUACGCAGCAAAUUGCGAGCGACGAGAUCGGACAACUACAUCCACAUUCUGCACCUUCCGGAUUUCUCAAUCUUCCAUACGAAAUACGUCGAUUGGUAUAUUCCUUCCUAAUUCCUCGAAAGCGCGUUAUAAGAGUUACUCGGUCAAUGUUCGCUUGUGGAGUCGAGCCUCUUGACAAUGACUACGACUUCAACCCCAACCGCAGCAGGUUCAACGUCCUACGUUUAUCAAGGAAAAUCAGCGAAGAGACUUUGGACAUUCUUUAUGGGGAGAACCUGUUUCAAGUCUCCUUGAAUGGAGAUGGUGAAGGGGACCUCGAGCACAAUUUUACCGAAAGAAAUCGUCGCAGAAUCCGAUUUGUGUUGGUUUUAAUGACGGCCGGUGGUGUUUCCAGCACUCCUAAACAUCCCUUUGUGGGCCUCACUUCUUCCGAACCUAAAAGUGUUCCAGAUAAUUGCCGAGCAGCCGGUGGAAGCAAGAGCAUAUUGGAACGCUCCUACCCUUGA